GAGAGAGAGACCGAGGAAGAGGGCGGGAGCGAGCGCAAUCCAGAGAAAGAGGGAAGAGGGAGGAGGCGCACCGCGUCAUGGUGUCCAGCGCGGGGCCAAGGCCAGGGCCCGGACCGGGCCAGGCCGGGCCAUGAGCCGUGCGGGGAACUGGGACAUGGACGGGCUGCGGGCGGACGGCGGGGCCGCCCCGGCCUCCUCUUCUUCCUCGGUGGCGGCUGCAGCUGCACCGAGCCAGUGCCGCGGCUUCCUCUCGGCGCCGGUGUUCGCCGGGACACACUCGGGGCGCGCAGCUGCGGCGGCGGCGGCGGCGGCGGCAGCUGCUGCAGCGGCGGCGGCCUCUAGCUUCGGGUACCCAGGGACCUCAGAGCGCACAGGCUCCGCCUCGUCGUCGUCAUCUUCGGCGGUGAUCGCCGCGCGCCCAGAGGCUCCUGCAGUCAAAGAGUGUCCAGCGCCAGCGCCUGCCGCCACCGCUGCAGCGCCUCCCGGGGCUCCGGCGCUGGGCUACGGUUACCACUUCGGCAACGGCUAUUACAGCUGCCGCAUGUCGCACGGCGUGGGCUUACAGCAGAACGCUCUCAAGUCGUCGCCGCACGCCUCUCUCGGAGGUUUCCCGGUGGAGAAGUACAUGGACGUGUCGGGCCUGGCGAGUGGCAGCGUACCAACCAACGAGGUGCCCGCGCGAGCCAAGGAAGUGUCCUUCUACCAGGGCUACACGAGUCCAUAUCAACACGUGCCCGGGUACAUCGAUAUGGUGUCCACUUUCGGUUCUGGGGAACCUCGGCAUGAGGCGUACAUCUCUAUGGAGGGCUACCAGUCCUGGACGCUAGCCAACGGGUGGAACAGCCAGGUGUACUGUGCCAAGGACCAGCCACAGGGCUCUCAUUUUUGGAAAUCAUCUUUUCCAGGGGAUGUGGCUUUAAAUCAGCCGGAUAUGUGUGUCUACCGACGAGGAAGGAAGAAAAGAGUCCCAUACACCAAACUGCAGCUCAAAGAACUGGAGAACGAGUAUGCCAUUAACAAGUUCAUUAACAAGGACAAGCGGCGGCGGAUUUCAGCAGCCACGAACCUAUCUGAGAGACAAGUAACCAUUUGGUUUCAGAAUAGAAGAGUGAAGGACAAGAAAAUUGUCUCCAAGCUCAAAGAUACCGUUUCCUGAUGUGGGCCAGGUUGGCCACAGACAGUUUAAAUGCUUUCAGUUGUCUCCAAAAAGACCUUUGGAAAGACUUGAAAAUGUAUUUAAUUCUCCCCCUUGCCCCCAAUUUUCCCUGCCUAUGAAGGCAAAUGUUGUGAAUUGUUUCUCACUCUUGAUCCUUAUCUGGUUCUAAAACUUUUUGCUUCCCAGUCUUUGUAAAUAUUAUUGGUUUUGUUCUUGUCUAGGUUUAUUUUUUCGAUGUUUUUAACAUUUUGUUUCUCCUCCAGGCCAGUAUUAAAAAAAAAAAAGAGAGAGAGAGAGAGUAUUUUUGAAUAAUACUCCAAAAUUAAUUUCAGAAGUGCCCAUUGGGUUUAAGGGCUCUAUUUUCUAAUAUGACCUUUAUAUAUGUUUCCAGUACUGAUUAUGUUCAUAAUCCUUUAGGCCAGAACCGUUUUCAGUCAGUUUUACCCUGUGAUUGUGUAAUCAGUCAUUAACUUUCAGAAGCGUCCCCGAGGCAAGUGGAAACAGCUCUAGGCACUCAAUGAUUUGGGGGUCACUGGGAAAGUCUGAAAACUGGAGGCACGUGAUAGUUUUAAAAGUAGCUACCUUAUGAAUAGUUAAAUGAAGACAAUCUUUCCAUCUUUGGGUCUCUCACUUGCUGUCUUAGUUGUGUAUUUGUAACAUACCUUGUAGAUUUGGAUUUUUUUAAUCCUUUAAUUUGAAAGCAAUAUGUCCUUCAUAUCUCCAACUUUAGGUGCAGAUAUUUCAAUAUCUGCAGUUGGCAGAGUGACUCCUAAAUGGUAGAAAAUUCACCCCUUUUCAUAUUCUUGGGUCUGUGGGAACAGAAUUGAGGCCAGCUCCUCAAUCCCUAGAAAGAGACUGAGCCAAUGUGGCCAGAGCCCAAUUAAGACAUUAAUGCUGAACAAAUGCACUGGGCCUCUCAGAACUUUAAACAUCGAACAUAUUUUUUAAAUGUGGAAUACUAAGAAUCAAGAAGAAAAAAAGAUGCUCCUGAAAGUGAAGUAAACCACUUUCAAAGUGCUGCAUAUUUGUGCAACUGACAGAUUAUUUUUGUAGACACAGUGUCUGUGAGCAGGGAUAUGUGAGCAGUGCCUCAAGUAUUUUAAAAAAUCACUUUUUACUCCUAGGGAGAUACAAAUAAACAGAACUCUCUUGUUUCCCCUGAGUCUAUCUAUAUUUGUGUUCCUUUCCCAAGAUGUGCUGCUUCGAGCAACUGUUCUUAUUUAUUAUAAAAUCUUGCUAUCCUAAACACCUAUUGAUGAAGGAAACUCAACACCAGUUCUGGUCUCUGAAACCUCAUAUUCUGCUCUUCACUUCUACCCACCACCCCCUCCCCUAACACAA